AUGGCGGAGGUCCCAGCGGCGGCAGUCUCGCGUGUUCGGGGUGACGACGCGGACGGGCUGUUCCAGAUCAUCAGUCGGCACUUCAAAUACAGAGAGACACUCAAUGAGGGUGCGAAGGACGACGAUACGAUUAAGGAGUGGACCCCCUUCUUGAAAGACCUUCUCGAGGCCUUCCCCAACGGAUCGAUCAAUCAAUCGGCGUCGACGAAGGCAUUUACGGAGCUGGCUGGGAAGGAGGAGAACAAGGGUUGGCACUUGACAGGUGGUGAGUUGAAACUGUGGGCCAAAAAACAGUCUUUGAGGAUGCGUGCAAUGAUCCACGAUGUUGCUAAAGGCGUCAGCAAAGCCAAGAAACGAGCGGGCAAAAGGGCUCCGAGAUGGGUCAUGCCUUUCUUGAACGAGCCCGAGGGGGAUGACGGAUCGGGAGCUGACGACGCUGGCGAAGAUGCCGACGACAAUGAACUGGACGAGGAGGGCGAGGGGGAGGAGAGCGAGGAGGAGAACGAGGAGAAGAAGGACCUCAAGGUUCUGCGCAAGCCCUCGGUCUUCAUGAAGAGGCCCGCGGCCGACGACGAGAACGGUUACCACUACAUGUACGAUCGAGAGAUGAAGGUCGCCUACCGAUACAAGGUCCAGAGAGAUGAGCACGGCGAGCUCAUCGCGGACACGAAGAUCAAGGAGAUGGCCACGCGUGGCCCAGAGCUUCCACAUGCCGACGCGCAGCCGAACGAGCUCGCGGUGGCGUACUUUGGAACGGUGAAGUGGGAGAUCCCAACAUUGACGGUGGAGGAGCUCAAGCUCAACAUGCUGAAGAGCGUCAGGAGGGGCGUCGUGUACCAGGCGCCGCACAAGAAGGACCAGCAGCCCGUGCAGCUCAAGCUGAUGUACGAGCGCAGGCAGACGUUGCUGCAGAUAUACCACAAAGGCUCUGGUGCUUGCGGGCAAAUGGUGAUCACGAACUAUUCGGACCAGUUGAAGGUGGAGGCCGAAGCAUACAUGGCAGAGUUAGUGAACCUGUACUGCAGCGGGGUCAUCGACGCUCAGGCCGUGAAGCAGCGGAAGUGCGAGUGGAUGUGCGCCCAUCCGCCUGAUGUGAAACCUUCGGAGACUUCGGAGACGGGAGGUCGGCCCGUGUGCAAGAGGCCCGCCGCCGCCGCGCUGCCCAGCGACGCUAUGCAGCCCAGCGAGGACAAGAAGGCUGAUGGCUCCAGCGAGCCAGCCUGCCAGGAAGCGCCAGCUGACAGCCCCAGCAAGCGCGUGCGCUUGAGCGAGAAGACGCCCGAGCGCCAGGUGCCCGGUGACAAGGGCGGCGGCGGCGAGGAGAGCAAGGGCAUAGAGCAUGUGCCCAGGGAGGACAAGAACGCCUCGCUCCAGGAGAAGCCCCAGAAGUCCAUCAAGGCGCCUCGGAAGCCCAAGGCGCCUUCGAAGCCCAAGGCGAGGGCUGCGAAGCAGAGCUCGUCCGAGGAUGUCGACGACAGGAAGUACAUCACUCCCAAGAAGGCCGCCAAGCGUGCAGACGACACCAGCAUCGCCGAGAGCUCCAGCGAUGAUGGUCUGCCGCAGCCCUCCGACCCAUUCUCGUUCUGA